AAAACACAAGCGAAAGAAGCUGCGUCCGAGCAACUCCUACCGAGAGCUCGUACCAAAACUAACGCAAGCUGCCAGCCCACGCCUUCCCCCGCUCAGGAGGGGAAUGCUGAUUUGGGAAAAACAAACUCCACUGGGAGCAAAAGAGGAAGGCAAGUCAAACGGUGCUCCCGAAAGCAGCGUGCAGUUCCAGCUGUGAGGCCAGCAGAGGGCAGCAGCACCAAGGAGCAGGAACAAACAAAACAGAUGAAAGAGGGUCUUCAGGGAGCGACAGUCCAAGGUCAAGACAGAAGCAGUGCCCCUGUUCAAAAGAGGCCUGUUAGACCCAUCCUUCCUGCCUUCUGUAACACAGGCCAGGCUUUGUUCCAGAUCAUGACCGUCCCGCCUGACAAAGAGAGUGCAAACAACAAUAAAUCAUCCUCUGGGCCUCGAGAGGGUUUCUCAGGUCUCAAACCCAACACUUUGAAGCAGCUCGGCCAGACAGUCCCGACACACACACACAGGAUUCUUCUGUCCCAGCAGAUGGAAGCCAGGCUAUGUGUUCAUUGGUUGAUGGAAGAAUGAACUUCCUGUCUUUCCUGCCUUUCAAACACUUAGUGUCUAACUUGGAUUUGGGACUCUCUACGUCACGAGGAAGGGGUCGGUGUAAGAACCCGUCCUGUGACUAUAUGUAUAAGAACCGACACAAACCCGCAGUGUGCCCUAAGUGCGGCUGUGAGCUGACCCAGAAGAACGCCAAGGGAGCAAAGUCUGAGAGCCUGCUCGAUCCGUACCAGGCCCUCAGUCCUGCUCAGACGGACGUCCAGCGCCAAAACACCCUGCAGUUACUGCACCGAUCCCUGCAGAUUCCUGAGAGCGAGACUGAGCUUCAGGAAACGUUGAACCUCAUCCAGGAGCUCAACAGUCUUCAGAUCGUCUUGGUUCAACCGAGUGUCCAGGAGCACGAGGGCAGCGCGGAGACGGAGACGCUGGUGGAGUCCGGGUGGCCUCAGUUCUACGAAUCAGAAGCUACUCACUGUGGCCUGUGUCACUACCCUCUCUUUAAAGGAGGUCAGAGUACUGUGGCAGGACAGGAGGACUGCUUGCUGCUCACUGAGACUCUGAUCCAGACGGUCACUCUUCAGCUCAAGGUGUGUCUCAACGUCCAGUGUCUGGCUCUGCACAGCUUCACCGACCUGCAUCCAGGUAAACCCCACUACCUACCACAACUUGUACAUAGUUAUCAAACACAACAGAUCGAAUUAUGUGUGUACUUUUGGGAAUUAUGGAUAUCUCUUUUACAUUACAUGUUACUU